AUCAAUGCAAUGCUGCUUCUCAAAUGCUGUCACAGUCUGACACGAUGUGGGCUUGUCAGCACUCAAAGACAUAAGGUGGCGCCUGCUGUGGUAUCGUGUGCACUUCGUCUCUGCAGCAGCAGCAGCACUGAGGACCUGGGAUUGUCCCAGCGUACAAACUGGAAACACAUCUUGGCAGGUCUGCUGGCUGGUACAGGAGCUGUGCUGGCUUGUGGUCUGCACCACCACAAGGCUGAGCAAGCAGACGUUAGAGUGUCGACGUGUCCCGUCUUCAGCCACGAUGAAGUCACAAAGCACCGCACUCUGGAAGAUGGAGUGUGGGUCACUUACAAAGGCAGCGUCUACGACAUCACUGAGUUUGUGGCGAUGCACCCUGGGGGGAAUAAAAUCCUGCUGGCAGCAGGUGGAGCUCUUGAACCUUUUUGGGCUCUGUAUGCCGUACACAACCAGGAACACGUGCUGGAAAUCCUCUCACAGUACAAGGUUGGUGAGCUGAGCGAAGAAGACCAGAAGAAGCAGCGUGUUGCUGAACAAACGGACCCCUUCGCUUCUGAUCCCGAGCGUCACCCCGUCCUGCACGUCAACACCCACAAGCCCUUCAAUGGCGAGCCGCCUCCCGAGAUCCUCUCGGACAGCUACAUCACUCCCUCUACUUUCUUCUUCAAAAGAAACCACCUGCCCGUUCCUCAGGUGGACCCAGCUUCAUAUCGGCUUCAGGUGGAGGGUCUGCCUGGGGGAGUUCUGACUCUGUCUUUAGAGGACCUGAAGACCAAGUUCCCCAAACACACAAUCACUGCGGCCCUGCAGUGUGCAGGUAACCGCCGCAGGGAUAUGAAUAAGGUGAAGGUGGUGCAAGGUCUGAAUUGGGGCAUAGCUGCCAUCGGUAAUGCCAAAUGGAGCGGUGCCAGGCUCAGGGACGUGCUUCUGGCUGCUGGUUUUGGCCCAGAUGUGGCCCAGUGGGCUCGCCACGUUCAUUUUGAAGGACUGGAUAAAGAUGUGACGGGGACUGCCUACGGUUCUUCAAUUCCUCUGAGCAAGGCCGUCGGCGAGGAGGGGGAUGUGCUUUUGGCAUACGAGAUGAACGACGAGGAAAUUCCCCGCGACCACGGCUUCCCAGUGCGGGUCGUGGUGCCAGGCGUAGUGGGGGCACGCAACGUGAAGUGGCUGGGUAGGAUCGUGGUCAGCGCGGAGGAAAGCGACAGCCACUGGCAGCAGCGUGACUACAAAGGCUUCUCCCCUGGGGCUGACUGGGACCACGUGGACUUUAAAUCUUCUCCGGCCAUCCAGGAGCUGCCAAUCCAGUCCGCCAUCACCGUCCCGGCAGAUGGAGCCGUGAUCGACCGCAGCGACGAAACGCUAACGGUGAUGGGCUACGCGUGGAGCGGCGGGGGCAGGGAGGUGGUGCGUGUGGAUGUCUCUCUGGACGGAGGUAAGACGUGGCAGGUGGCUGAGCUAAGGAGCGGUGAGAAGGGACAAGCUCCCGAGCCGCCUCCUCCACCGGGUCGAGCUUGGGCUUGGAAGCUGUGGGAAAUAACCGCUCCUCUUCCUCCUGAGGCUCAGGAGCUGGAGAUAACUUGUAAAGCUGUUGACAGCAGCUACAACGUGCAGCCGGACACAGUUCCUCCAAUCUGGAACUUGAGAGGUUUGCUGAGUAACGCCUGGCACAGAGUGAAGGUCCGGGUCACAGACGACUAG